GUGCUCAAUCGAUACGAAGGUGCCAUAGGAACAGCAUGGCAGAGGCAUUGGACCCAGAAACAGUUAUUCGUGCCCGUGAAGGGUCGCAGCAUACGCGCAAGGUGCUCGUCAAGAAGCCGAAGCCACCAGCACCUAUCAAGAAGUACGUGUGGUUGGCUGGACACGGUUCGACGCUUGUGUUUGGCUCAAUUUAUCUGGUGUUUUACGUGCUGAAAUGGGUUUUAAGAACGUGGAGAUGGACUCCGAGAAUAUGUUACGUUUUGAGCUUGGUAGGCGUGUUUGCAGCCUAUUCAAUUACCGUGUUGACAACGUUUGGCUCUGUGAUUCCACCAUACUCUACCUUGUUGGCCACUGAGAACUUCCAGCUCAUGGUGAUUGCAAUGAUUUGGAUCUUUUCAAGACCUUCAGCGUUCAAAUUGGCCCCUUAUUUGGUGAUUUCUCUAUUGCAACUGUCAUCUGAGUUCAAAAUUGAAGCUGUUUUGAAAUUGCAGAACCAAUUGGGAGAGGUUGUUACGAUGGCAGAGUUUGUCAUCAUCGUGGUGCUGAUUGUCGACACGCUCUUGUUCAGAGGAACCUCUGGUUAUGCUCUGGCGUUGUACCUGGGAUUUUAUUGGCUUCGUGUGAAUUUCUCUCCGUAUACUCAAUCUGGGUUGCUUAAGAUUAUGAACCUUGUCGACGACAAGUUCAUGAAGAACAACAAGUCUGCAAUCAAGCCGUAUUGGGAUAAGUCAAAGGGCUUUGUCGAAUUUAGAAGAUCCCAGACGAAGAGAACCCACGAGGAAGGCUUGACCGAGGAGCCACCAGUGAAAGCGGAUGCCAAUAUUGACCAUAGCAAACAAGGCUCCGUGUUGAAAGAUGACAAAAACCCUCUGCCAAUUGGCCAGGUUGUUAACCGCACUGAGAAGCCUAGUUAUGGUGCCAAGUUACCAGAGAGCAAGGCCAGUAAUAUCUACGCUGGUGUUGGUAAAGGCGACGAGACUCCUGAGCAGAUAUACGAGCGUAACUUCAAAGCUGGUGCAUAUUCUGCUGGGCUUCAGGCAGGCAGGGAAUCACAGGACAUCAAGAACUCAUCAGCUGGGUUCUCAGACGGUGACGUUAAGGUUGGUAAAGGGUUCCAGAAGUCUGUUCCACCAAUUCCAGACAAGUCUCCGUUGAAGACCUCUUCAAAGGAAUCGUUGCCAAAUGUUCCAACGUCACGUGUCGCAACAACAACAUCUCAGUCCUCUGUUAAGCCAGCUGGCACCCAAACAACGAGUAGUUCUUUGAAGAGUGCUGGAGUUGCUGUGAAUCCACAAGGCCUAAGAACACCGAAACAGGCUGAAGCUUCCACUUUCCAACAGCAGGGAACACCACAGUCUCCUUCAACCCCAAGCAGAGCACAUGCACUUGAUGCCCGUGAACAGUUGAUUGCGAAGGCGAAGCAGAUCAAAGGUGAAACCAACAACGGCAAUAACCUCAGCAAUGUUAAACAGGAGCUGGAUGAGUUACAGAAAAGGGCACAAGAUGCCAUUGAUUCCACACAGGGCUGAUUUCACUGUGAUUACUACAUGUCUUUCUUUUAUGUGAAUUAUAUGCUUUUUUUUUGAUAUUUACUCUAUUGUUUAUGUUAGUAAACCCAUUAUAGGAGAAACAAGAGUGUGAAUCACGGAUUGAUAAAUCCAAU